CUUUUACCAAAGUCGUUCUUUCAAACCCUCCCAACCCUUCCAGUCAAGAUGAUUGCCCGCGUUCUCGCCGUCGUUCCUUUUGCUGUCCUCGCCCUGGCUGCCUCCUCUGGCCAGUGCAACACCGGCUCUGCCCAUUGCUGCAACUCCGUCAAGCAGGCUAGCGACAAGAGCAUGACUGACAUGCUCGGCCUCGUUGGCAUUGUGUUGGAGGACGUCACCGGCCAGAUUGGUGUCGACUGCUCUCCUCUUGACCUCCUCAGCUCCGGCGGUGGUCAGUGCAACCAGCACCCCGUCUGCUGUACUGACAACCAAUUCAACGGUUUCAUCAACCUCGGCUGCUCUCCCAUCAACAUCAACGCCUAAACGCGUCUGACUUGGGAUCGCCCUUGAAUACGUAUACCCCGGUCGCAUAGCGUUUUAGCUACAGUAUACUGGACUCACACAAUACACUCGUUGAUAGUACUGAUAGAGACACUCAGGAUGGGCUUGAUGCGCUCCAAGCCACCUGACAUGAACAAAACUCAGCCUACACGUAAGUUAGAGACCCCAUCUCAGCCUCGCUGGCACAGAGGCGUGGACAUAUUUAAUCAAAUGUAUU